UUAUUUUAUUUACUCCUGUUUUUAUUGAGAUUUUGCCAAGUUUAUUUACUUUUUUUUAAAUAAUAAUUAUAUAAUACAAAAAGUAAGACAUGUACGAAUCACAAAAUAAGUGGUGUUUUGUGCCCGGAUGUAGAAAUACUUCAAUAAGUGCCCCUAAUAAAACAUUUAUAAGUGUCCCGCAGAAUUCUUCACGCAAAGUUAAAUGGUUUAAAGCAGCCAGGCGAGAUGUUCCUAAAUCAAAAUCAACUUUUUUUUGUUGCGAGGAUCAUUUUAACCUUCAAGAAGAUAUGGAAAAUUUUGUUCGCUAUAAACUUAUCGGAGGAAAAAUUUUAUUAAAACAGGACGUGGUUCCACAUAUAUUUGAUUGCCAACAAGACAGAAAAAGAGCUGCAUCUGUACCACAGCGAACUGUUGUUUUAAAAAGACAAAGAAAACAGUUAGUAGAAGAAGCUAUAACCUGGAGAAUAAGAGAAACAGAAACAGAAACGGAGAAACAGAGAAAUGUUGAACAAGAAUUUUUACCAACAGUAAUGGAUUUUGAUGGGCCCAGUACAAGCUCAGGUCAAGCCAGGUUAGAAAGGGAUGAAUAUAUUGUGGAAAAUACAAAAGCAAUUGGGAAGGCUAAAAGUGUGGGUAUACAGGCGAAACCACAUGUUCGUAGUAAAUGUGUGUCAUGCAAAAUUAAACCUGAUGUGCGCCAUGCAACUUCUUUGACAGAAAAAUUUAGGACAAAAGAUGUUUCUACUUCACCUCUAAAAAAUAUUCGAUCUGUUAAAAAAAGCCAUUUUUAUUGAGUCAAAAACAAGUAGUGAAAUUGAAGAAUCGGAAUCCAGUGCCUCAGUCAGCUCAGUCUAUACAGCUACAUCUGAUACUGAUAUUACCAAAACAAAGUUAUUGACAGACAAAAAAGAUGAACAGAAGCAAGCUUUGCAUGUAACCAGAACUAUGAUCGCAAGCAAACCAAAAAGAUAUAUAGGUGUACCCGAUAAAUGGUUUCCCCAUUUUGUUGAUUUGCUUUACACAAAAACUAAAUUAAAUAACGACAGUGUGCUUCUGACACUAAUGAAAAUAAUACUAAAACGAUUCUUUUUCACGAUUAGGGGAUUUAUUCGGAAUGUCACAUUCUAACUGUUCCAAGAUAUUCAAAAAGUCUUUAGUGCACAUUGAACAUUUUUUGCGAACACUAAUAUAUUGGCCGGAAAAAAGUAAGAUAAAACAGUUGCUACCUAUUGCAUUAAGAGCACGGUACAGCAAUGUGCAGUCUAUAAUAGACUGCUUAGAAAUUCAAAUUGAAAAACCAUCUGAUCCUGUUAAACAGGCCCUUACAUGGUCUGAAUACAAGAAAUGCAACACAUUAAAAUAUUUAAUUUCAUCAACUCCAGACGGAUUUAUAAAUUUCAUAUCAAAAGGAUAUGG